AAACUUCAUUCUGACAAUUAUUCAACACUUUCACGUUUGGCCUGGGAUUAUCUUGCAAUUCCAACGUCUAGCGUUCCCUCUGAAUCAACUUUCAGUAUAGAAAAACACACAAUCAGUACAUAUGAAAGUAGCGGUGAUGAUUGGAGUUAUAAUAUUGCUGAUUCUGAUAACGGUAAAAAUAGCAUUACCACAGAUCUCUCAACAUCAACACAAGAACAAGCACUUAUGUUUAACUACGACGUUUACUCACACUCAGUCUG